CAAUGCAAGACAGCAUGCCUUCUGCUCGUGGUGUAUUAUUCUCUAUUGUUAUUAUUGGAGUGCUAUUCUCUCAGUUUCAAAUAGUUCAGUCUAUCCCCUUUAGGCCCACGAACUGCACUGAGUUUAAAAAGCUUGAAGGAGGGAACAAAGCAGCUGAUAAUUACACAUCAGCAUUGUAUGACUUCAAAUCAAUUUUAAAGAGCAGUAAGAAAAAGACAGAUGAAGCCUCUGAAUCUCUAAGCAGUCUUCAUAAAUUUGUGGCAGUUGCUGGUCUAUACAGGCAGAUCUUACAUGAUGCUAAAGAUAAGCCUCAGUUUGCCAACUACACUGGGUUUAAUAACCUCAGGAUAAUACAUUUCUUUGAGGCAAUGAUUACAUAUCUACUAAAAGACAUAUGUACUUGGAUAACUUCUUACAACACUACGAUGAAGAACCGUCUUGCUAUAAAUUGUUCCCAUCCUUCAGAGCUUAUGCUACUCGGUCAGCAUUCAAUGGUUAGUCCUCUCAUUCCAUACACAAUCAAUACAUGGGAGCCUCAGUUUGACUGUUCCAAGAGUAGCAGUAACUGGAUUGACCUGUUCAUAAGGCCACAAUACCAGUCUGAAGUGGAUUUCCUCCAGCGAAUGGAGAAGAAAUGAAUUUGAUUACUGGCAUGCAUAUAAUGUAUUACUUGAUUGCGUUUAUAACUUUCCAGCUAAUUUGUAAGCUGAUCUUUGAUAUCUUGUUACAAUAUUAUGUUAAAGAAGUCAGAGUUUUUUGCUUAUUAUUAUCAUUUUUUGACAAUGAUAGUUUAACUAAAUUGAAUUAACAAAUAAAA